AUGCCAGACACACCUGACCUGAGAUUCAAAAAGCACAGAAAUCCUAAACACCAGAAGCAGAGACAUCUGGGAAGAUUGGAGGUGUCAGGAGGAGAAGCAUCGUUUCCAGUCAUGGACACCAGAGGAUUGACAUCUCUUAUAUGUGUUGCACUUCUAAUACUUGAGACAAGUGUUGGGGUUUUGGUCAGUGUCUAUGUCAUCAUCAUAAUUCUUCUUGAUUUCUAUAAAAAGAAAAACAUGAGGACUGGAAAUAAAAUCCGGAUCGCUCUGAGCCUGUCUAAUGUCUGUUUUUCCAUCAUAACAUCUGCCAACACCUUCAGUGGUUUCUACUGGUCGGCGACCACCUUGACGACCUCUGCUAACUACAUCUUAUACCCCUUCACCAUGUUCUGCAUCAGCUCCUGUUCAUGGCUUAGUGCUAGUCUCAGCUUCUUCUACUUCAUCAAGAUCGUCAAUGUUAAGACCAAGUGUUUUAUUUGGGUAAAGACAAAUAUUAGCUCCAUUGUAUCCUGGGUAAUACUGUUGGCAGAAAUUGUGUCUUUUGGGAGUUUUAUUUGUGUAUUUUUUCUAAUUGUCCCUCAACCGAUAUCAAGUAACACUUCAGUCUCCUCGUACAGUGCAGUGGCUGUCAGUGACCACAGGAGCAGAUUCAUAUAUAUGAUUAUAGUUGUGACUUUUUUGCCUUUACUCACUGUUUUGGUCACCACUAUCACUACGGCCAUGGUUCUUACGCAGCAUAGACAGAAGAUGGAGCAGAAUAUGGGACCUUCCGUCAGGCUAGAGACCUACAAUAGUUCCAUCUACAGGAUGUUACGGUUGUUGUUCUUUUUUUACCAUGUUUUACACUGUGAUGUUGAUCUUUUAUUUGCCUGUUUUUGA